CAGCAGGUGAACAGCUCAGAAGCUGUCACCUGUAAUAAUGUAUCAAUCAGUAGCACUGCUUUCUUUCAAGGAGACUACCUGGCGACCAUCGAAGGAAAUAGCAAAGCGACUUUCCUGCGAGCCUACGUGAACUGGAGGUGCAUGUCUGCAGGGAGCUCCCGCGUGUGCGUGCGCAUGGUCGGGCACAAGGUGCAGGAGUCCUACAGUGAAACCCUGAGAGAGCAGAUGUCGGUGGUUGAAAUGCCACUCUCGGAUCCUCCGCUCUGCAUUUCGUGCUGCCCCGUUAGUGGAGAUCUUCUCGUGGGCUGCAAGCACAAACUGGUCAUGUUCCAUUUGAAAUACCUGGUCAUAAACCAGAAUUUGACUGUGUUGGAUUUUGAACGCACCUUUAUUCUUCCCAUAACAACAGAGCUGGAUGUCCUGAUCCUGAAACUGGAACAGGUCCAGCAAAGUGCAGACAGGACAGAGCAAGGUGCACUAGAAAAGCCUGUGGAUGGAGGUGUGAAAGAUGAAAGCCCUUCAACACAUGCUUUGCAGCUGGAAUUAGAUGAGUUCAUCAUAUGUCAGAAGCCUGUGGAACUGCUUGGGGAAGAAAGUAAGCUGUGUGAGAUACCAGUCACACUGGAAUCCACAGAGCUGCCCACAGAAGACACGAAGCGCUUCCAAGUGCAGUACCUGCUUUUCAGACGUUUCACACCUGACCAGUCACCUUUUGGGUUCUGUGAAGAGACAAAGUUGCACUCCCUUCAGCUGCUGCCUGUCUACCAGACAGGAAGUUCUGUGACAGCCCACGAGGAAACUGAAAACAGGAGAGAACUACUGAGUCUAUUUUGCUUUUUCUCUUUACCUCAUGUUGGAUAUGUCUACUCUAUUGGGAAGUUAGUAGAACUGAUUUCUACUUACCAAUAUUCAGAGAAGUCAGAGCAGGCAGUCCUUACUCCACAGUUCCUGCAUGUCAUUACAAGUGAGAACCUGCAGUGUUUCACAGUGCGGUGUGGUGCCGCAGCAGCUCGUGAUGAGGAUCCAUACAUUGAUACGACUGUGAAGGCUUGUCCCCCUGUCACACUGGAUGUCUGUACAUUAAGAAUGCAGCUUUUUAUAGGACCAAGAGCUAUCUGUCAUUUCAAAAACCAUAUAGUUCUUUUGACUAAGGCAGACACAGAAGAUAUUACUGAAAGAAGAAAGCCUACAAGAAGGAUGCUUUCCAGAAAGGCUGACAGCAUCAAAUCCAGAACAAAUUCUGAGUCAGAGUCUGGUUGGAAUUUAUAUAUCAUAAACACUGUUUCAACCAUUCAGCUUUACAGAGAAAUGGUAGAUUAUAGCAGGACUUACGAAAAUGUGAGAACUGAGAGCUGCAUCCAUCUGCUAAGUGAGGCUCAUUUGCUGCUCAGAGCAGCUAUCAUGGACCCUCAUUUCCUUGAAUCAGAUGAGAAAGAAGAACUUCUAAGGGCAUUCAGAGAAAGCUGUGCCACCUUAGGAGACUGCUACAGCAGGUUUGACACAAAGGAUUACCAUCUUGCUUUGCCGUACUACAGAAUGUCAGGUUUAUCCAUGGCUGAAGUUUUAAAUAGACUAGUUUCAGGUGAUGAAAUACAGACCUAUGAAAGAGGAUUUCUGUUUUACUUAACUCACUCUCUUAAUGAAGACUUGAAUGAAGAAUUAAGUAAGGAAUCAGCAAAUAAAGUUCUCCAGAUAUUCUAUCUUGCUGACCCUGUGCAGCUGCCUCAUGUCCUUUGCAGCCCCUGCAUGAGAAAUGUGUCUCCUUUGACAGCUGUCAAGUACCUUCAGAAAGUAGAAAAGAAGAUGCCAUCAGUGGUCCUGACUCUUACUAAGGCUUUUUUUGCUCUGAAAAUGAGAGACCUGAUAAUGUAUCAACAUGAGAUGGACUCCUAUAAGGAGACAACACUGGCUUGUGGCUUUGUUGGGCAAUCACGACUCUUGAGACAGUGUAAGGAAGGAAUUGCUAUGCCAACUGAGUUUGCUGUUCACCUGAAGGAGACACAGCCUGGUUUACUGGUGGCUGCCAUUGUGGCUUUACAUGAGAACAGUAAAAUAGAACUGGAAGAAGCAGAUACCUUUUUCAAGCUGUUGUGUAGUAACAGUGAAAACACUGUUCCUCAGCUCUUGGUGGAUUUCUGGGAAGCUCUCCUUGUAGUGUGCCCUCAGGAAGAAAUACUUCAGGAGCUCCUGUUGAGGGUUACUUCUCAGUAUGUUUGGAGAAUAUCAAAGAACCAACUUCCUGAGACUACACCAUUGAGAACAACAGAGGAUCUGAUAAACUCCUGUAAUCAUUUUGGGUUGAUUUUCCCGUGGGUAACUUCCAUAAUGUCAGUGGGAUGUUCAUCUGAUAAAGGUUACCAUGAAGACAUCUCAAGACUACAGUCUGUUUUGUGCAGUCAGUCAAUCAAUAUAGCUUCAGCCCUGCCUGUCUUGGAGCCCCUGGCAGAGGCUGAUAGUGUUGGCCUCACCAUCCAUGUUCUCUGCAACACCCGUCUGGGCAGGCAUGAGGAAGCCAUUGACCAGCUCCUCACCAGGUGUCCUGAUGCUGCUGUGCUCUACGCUCAGCACGAGCUGAAAGGUGACAAUCAGGCUCUGUGGUGGAACAAGCUGCUUCCUGAACUCUGCAAGAGAACUAGACUUACUGGAAAUGACUGCCCUGUUCUUAUUUCAUCACUGAAAGAAACUUUAUCGGUUGCUGCAAUGGAACUGGAACUAAGGGAUUUCAUCAGUCUUCUACCAGAGGAUGGAACUGCAACAUUUUUCCUGCCCCAUCUUCUUCACUGCAGCCAGAAGAAGCUGCUGACCUAAACCAAUGGAAAUCUGCUAUGCCCUCAAGUACAGAGAAUGUGCUGGAAUCAAAGAAGUAAACGAAACAAACAGUAGAGCUGCAUAU